AUGAUGAAAGCACUCCUUUUUUAUGGCGCAUAUGAUGUGCGGUUGGAGGAGAGGCCCAUCCCGAAGCUUGUCGACCAAACAGAUGUCAUAGUAAAAACAACGUCGGCCGCGUUGUGUGGCAGUGAGCUGCACCGAUAUCGUGGUCAUUCCAAGGCCAACAUGAAACCUGGGUAUGUGUGCGGUCACGAGGGUAUUGGAGUUAUUCAUGAGAAAGGAAGCGAAGUCAAGAACUUUGCUGUGGGGGACCGAGUUAUAGUGCCCUUUCUCACUAGCUGCAACGAAUGCUUCAACUGCAAGAGGGGCGUACAUGGGCGGUGUAAGAAGGGCCGAAACUUUGGUGGCCUCACGUUGGACGGCUCGCAAGCGCAGUAUUUCCUCGCGCCGAUGGCGGACGCGAUACUGUACCGCCUGCCUAAGGAGUUAGAGGGUGGCGAGCUUGCUAUUUUGAUGACAGACAUAUUCCCUACCGGCUUCAACGGCGCCAAACAAGCCUUUAUCGACACUCCGCAAGAUCAGUGGAAGGACAUGUCUAUUGCCGUCAUAGGUUGCGGACCUGUAGCUCUGUGCGCUAUCAUUUCCGCCUUAGAGUAUGGCCCUGCGAGAAUCUUUGCGGUUGACUCGGUUGUAUCACGUCUAAAAGCUGCCGAAGAGCUUGGGUGUAUUGCCAUUAAUUUCAAAGAAGUUGAUGCAGUGGCCAAGAUCCGCGAGGCCACGGACAACAAUGGAGUCCAUGCCGUUAUUGAAGGGGUGGGUAUGUCACCAGCUCUCAAGACAGCCUAUGAUAUUGUCUGCCCUGGGGGCAAGAUCAGUUCGUUCGGCGUGCACAAUGGAGAACUGCCUUUUACUGCCGCUGAUUGUUACAACAAAGAUGUGCACAUCAAAUUCGGUCGCUGUCCUCUGAGAGUUGUCUUUCAUGAUGCCCUUACAACUCUCAUCCGGAACAGGGAACUCAUUGAGAGAAUGAAGUUUAUCGACCUGGUAGUCCCGGAACUCGAUGAGUCCUUUGCUGACGCUCUCAAGAGGUUUGAGUGUGGAGAGCUCAACAAAGUCGUCUUCAAGCCCAACGGGCCAUCAGCAUAA